GACGCAAAAUAAGGGGUGAAAAAUCAGAAAACGCAACGGAAAGUGACUCUCAACAUGGACGUGUUUUAUCUUAUUUUGAUCUUUUACAUAGGCGGACUGUGGCAGACUGAAGCUGUGUCUCUCACUGGAGAGCUGGGGAAGGACGUCACAGUAACUUGCUCCCACACCAAUGCGUUUUCCAACAUCAAAUAUUUCUGCAAGGGCGCGUGCAACUAUGAAGACAUCUUGGUCAGCAGCAAUGUCGGGGGGGAAGAUGCACGGGGGAAAUACAGCAUUUCAGACGAAGGAAACACGUUCCACGUGACCAUCUCUCACCUGACAGAGAAAGACUCAGGAACCUACUAUUGUGGAAUAGUCAGAGUUGGACUUGACACAUACACUGAAGUCAUCCUCACUGUCAAAAAGGAGGACACAGGUAGCAAUAAAACAAUCAUCUCUUCUGGUACAAAGAUGUUGGUGUACAUUGGUGCAGGUCUCGCGCUGCUUUCGUUGGUGCUAGCGAUGGCUCUGCUGAUAUUCUUCAAACAUCGAAACAGAAACAUGGGAAAGGAUCACAACACAGUCUAUGCAGCAUCAUCCCGUCUGAAGGAAGACACACACAUCGCCACUUCCUCUUUAUCGGCUAAUAUGCAGGCAGACACAGAUGGCCGUGACCGAAACAAAGGCAACUGUUAUUCCAACGUCGGUGUGUUUUCAGCGCCUCAAAGUCAGCCUGACGGCCUUUUAUACGCCACUGUCAGCUUCAACAAACACACAGACUGCAGUACUGACACUCCACCGCCUGCAGAGGUCACAUACUGCACCAUUAAACGCGCAGAUGGAUCAGCAGUCGCAGCAAGUUGCUGAUCAGAUUCCCUGUAAAUACCCACUGCUCACACACUGUACUAUUGUAAUAAUUGUGAAGUAUUUGGGAUUUUUUUCAUACAGGAAAAAUAUCAUGAUAAUAAUUUAUGACAAUUGUACAGUAGAUCAUUUCAAGUAGAUUUUAGAUUUCAUGGUGAAGUGUAUUUGCAUAUGUAUGAUGAAGAAGUGAAAAGUAAUGCACACACACACACAAACACGCCUUAAAUUAAAUAAAAACUGAGAGUAGUGUAUAAACAAAGAAAGAGUCAUAGAAAAUGUUCUCAUGGUCAUGAAACUUCUCACCCACAGAUUACAGAUUAGAGAAGCAAGGUUAUAAUUGUUUUGUUUAGUGUGUUUUUUUUUUAAUGAGUUGGUUUUAAUUGGUUUUUAGAGAAGGUUUGCUAGUUUUUAUUAGUUUUUGUAAUAAAUGCUUAGUUUCUCACAAGGCACAGAUCUGUGCCGCAGGUGCACCCUUGGACAGUUAGUUAUUGUGGGGUUUUUUAGACUCUAGUUUUUCUUUUUGUUUCAGUCAACAAAAUUGUUUUUUUUUACUUUUCGAGAGAACCUGCAGUUCAGAUUGUAGUUUUGGACUGGAUUGAGAAAGCAACAUGGCUGACUCUACAAUAGAUGAACUGAAAGGCUAAACUUAAAAUGAACACAUUCGAGAAGAAAACACGACUGCAGAGAGCAUUGUUAGCAUUCAUCUGUUCUCUGACAAUAUUAAAAGCCACAUGGAACAAAAGGAAUAGUUGAGUACUGGGUACAGUUUGUUUUUUUAAAGAUAGAAAUAUUACAUUUUCCAAAGAAGAAAAGUCUUCGUAAUGAUGUUAUCUUGUGGUCAGUCUGUGAAAUUAAAUAAGUAAUAGAUUCUAUUUGUCCCUGGUUUGUUCUUCUGCUUUAAACAUUGCAUAUUUGGUAAUAAAAAAAACAAACAAAAAAAAAUAUUGCUA